AUGGCGAACCGUCCAUUCAAACCAGGCGCCAUGAUCCCAUGCGGACCAGCAGAUCCUCCCGUUAACGUGCUAGGGCAAAGCAUGGUCCUCUAUCGCAGUGCUGAGGGCGUAUCUUUUUCUGCACCCUACGAUUUGAGAGUAUUCAGCGUGUUGGGUAGUGGAGCAUAUGGUACUGUUGUGGCCGCUGAGAAAGUGGUCACGCCCCCUUCUGAGGGUAGUCGAUCAGAGACCUCUGAACAGGAAGACUUGUCAGCGGUGGUGGCGGUUAAAAAGUUCCUCAAUCCUCUGUCGCACGUGGUGUAUGCUAAAAGGACCCUGAGGGAGAUCAGAUUCUUACGUCAUCUGAGGCAUGAGAACAUUAUUGAGCUUGAAUCCAUAUAUGUAUCCGGAGCGAGUCAGCAUGAUUUUGGUGACAUCUAUGUAGUAACGGACGUGAUGGACACUGAUCUGGGGUAUAUCAUCCGCUCUGGGCAACCGAUUACAUUGGCACAUAUCAAGUUUUUCUUGUACCAAAUCUUGAGGGCGGUGAAGUAUAUUCACUCAGCGGGUAUAAUUCAUCGGGACAUAAAGCCAAAGAACAUACUUGUGUCCAAGACGUGCGACCUAAAGAUUUGCGACUUUGGAUUGGCCCGACUGACGCAGUAA